GUUGGAAAAAGACAAUUAAAAAAAAAGAUAAAUUACGUGGCAUGACUAGUAGGUCUAAUCUAAUUCGAUAUUGAAAGGCGAAGUUGAAUACUUUCAUCUCUCUCUCUUGUAUUUCCAACCAAACAACUGUUUUUUUCUGUUGAAAUUCUAUAUCCCUGAAUGUCAAUUCACAAGGUGAAAGGUAAAGAAACAUCCAAAUCUCAAAUGAGUAUGAUUCAAGUUCCAAAAAUCACGCUAUCUUGCGCAUGCGUAUAUUCGAACUCACCUAACGUACCUAGUUUGGUGUCAAGUCAUUGUGUUUUUAUAUAUAACAUUGACCGUUUAAUGACAAAUUAUCCAACAUGAACGAUCUACAUUUGCUUGUCAUAUGAACGUGACAGCAUUGGUGGCAGACAGGAUGUCAAGUAUCAGCUGUGUCGGUACUGAUGCCAUGCUGGUACUGAUGAUUGUGGGAGAAACGUCAAUUCGGUCGAACUGCACUUGAACGAUCGGGAGGGGGGAAGAGGGAGGGUUGUGGAGGUUAUUAUGCGUUAUGAUUACGUCCCUUAAAUGAUUUAUUGUUGUUCGGAUUAAUUGUGCUCAUCCAAUUCAAUGAAGCAAUAUGAAUGAUUGUAGAAGACAAAACAUUCAAUGUUGCAGUGUGUUGCUUAAACAAAUCGAUGGACGCACUCGAACUUAGCAGUUUGUUUGAGAUUGAAAGUAGCGUAGAUUAAACAUGGAUUAUUGUUAUUAUUGUUGUGCCACGGUCUUGACCUUAUUGCCGAAACGUAGAAAUUAGAUAUUUUGUGCAAUGCCACUACCGAGUUUUUUGAAGAAAGCAUCAAGUUUUAUUUUAGGAGCUCAAAGUGGUAUCCCCGCACCACCUUUCAAUGAGGGAGAAGUAGUAUUUUGUAAAAACAAUGUUUGUGUUCAUCCACCUACUCUACUCAGGCAAGAUUGUGAUGUUGUGCAUCAUCCUGGAUAUAUGACUGUAACAUGUCAGCAGAGUACAGAUAUAAAUAAGCUUACUUUGCACUUGAGUUGGAUUCCCAAUUCAACUUUGAGACGGAACCCUUGGGCUAUAGAAAAACGGUGUAGUCUUUUGCAAAGUGGCGAAGAUCAGAGUGAUGUUUUGAGCACUUGCAGAAUUUCUCCCUCAAAUGGAAACAAUACUCCACUUUCUCAUGUAUUCCAUUACCCCCAGCCAUUGCCAGAAAAUUCUGAAGCACAAUGUAAUUGCCGUGGAGCACCCCAUUCAUUGGAUAACAGUGGAGUAGGUAAUAUAUUUUGUAUGUUUAAUAAUCAUUGCACCUUUCAAUGCAGUAAAAAUACUUUUAAAAACAGAACAUUUUGGGGGAAAGAUGAGAAUUCCGAGUUGCAGAAAUCCCCUGAUAAAAAUCAUGAUAAUUUGAGUAGUUUAAGUUCUCUUGAAAUUUGUGAAGAUAUUCAAGCAGAGAAUCAUUUGAGACAAAUACAUCUAGAUGGCUCUUUGGAAGUACAUGGAAAUUCAAAAGGAAUAGAAGAAUGUUCUGAAACUGAAAGACCAUCUUCAUUAAGUUGUAAUAGGGAAGGAAUUAAAAAUACUACAAAACAUAUGGAAGAAAAUGAAUUAGAAUUAAAAACACCAGUCACUAUUCAAGAUUCAAGUUUAACCAGUAGUUUAAGUGGUCCAACUAUAAGUGUUGAUGAAAGUAAAACUCAGGUCAGCCCCUCACCAUCUGUUUCAUCAACAUGCAGUUUGGCUGUUCCUUUAUCAUUUUUAGGGGCAGGGACAGAUGACAUUCCGACUUGGAUGAGUUCCCCAGAGAUGCUAGCUCUGCAACACAAUCUUACAUUCCCAGAAAGUGCUACAGCUUCUCCUGUUGUUAGAAGAACUCACAAGUGUCGAAGAUUUUCUGUAGAUCUCAGUCAAAUGCGAUCAUUGAGAUUAUUCUUUAAUGAUCCUGCCUGUACUUGUGGUCAAUUAGUAGUUGCUUCCAGGGAAAGCCAAUACAAGAUUUUGCAUUUUCAUCAUGGAGGCUUAGAUCAUUUGGCUAAAGUAUUACAAGAGUGGAAUUUCUUACUGCAUUCACCCCAGCCUUCAGGCGAUGAUCAUUUGCCAUACAGACAUUUUAUGGUCUGUCGACCAGAAGUGGGCCAAGAUGAAUUACAUCCAGAAGAAGGACUUGUGCCCCCUGUUGGAAGGGAUAUGUGGAUAAAUUUACUCAAUGAAGAAGGACAAUUGGAGGAUGAUUUGACUCUUCGUAAAGGAAUAUUCUUUGGAGGACUUCAACCUGAGAUGAGGAGCACUGUGUGGCCUUUCCUUUUGCAUUGUUUCACAUUCCAAUCAACUUUUGAAGAUCGAGAACAAAUCGUUGCUAUUCGUAGACAAGAGUAUCAUGAAAUAACGCGCAGGCGUUUGGAAAUGGAUGGGGAAAGCAAAGAAAAUUUUUGGCGUAAUAUUCAGUGUGUAGUAGAGAAAGAUGUUAUUCGCACAGACCGUGGUAAUCCUUAUUUCGCUGGUGAUGAUAAUCCACAUGUGGAAGAUAUGAAAAAUAUAUUGCUAAAUUAUGCUGUUUACAACCCAAAAUUUGGAUAUACACAAGGGAUGUCUGAUUUGUUGGCUCCUGUUUUGGCUGAAAUUCAAAACGAAUCUGAUGCAUUUUGGUGUUUUGUGGGUUUAAUGCAAAAAGCAAUUUUUGUAUGUACCCCAACAGAUAAUGACAUGGAUCGAAAUUUGAAUUAUUUGCGAGAACUUAUUCAUCUUAUGGUUCCUGAUUUUUAUGCCCAUUUGCAAAGGCAUGCUGAUGCAAUGGAGCUCUUGUUCUGUCAUCGAUGGAUUCUAUUGUGUUUCAAACGCGAAUUUCCUGAGCCUGUUGCACUAAAAAUGUGGGAGGCAUGCUGGGCAAAUUAUUUAACAGAUUAUUUCCAUUUAUUUUUGUGUUUAGCUAUUGUUUGCAUCUAUUCUGAUGAUGUUAUUGCUCAAGAUCUAAGAACAGAUGAGAUGUUGUUGCACUUCAGUUCCUUAGCAAUGUACAUGGAUGGAGAGCUUAUAUUGAGAAAGGCGAGAGGUCUUCUACAUCAGUUUCGGCAGAUGCCACGUAUCCCUUGCACUUUGGGCAGUCUGUGUCAGUUGUGUGGCCCUGGCAUGUGGGAUUCAACCCAUGCACCUGUCAUUGAAUGCUCAGGUACCCAUGGCAGAGAUCCAUGUCCCCAUAGGGGUGUCGUUCUGCAACAGUAGAAAUUAUAUAAUUUACAAUUUUUACGUAUCAAUUAGCAUACUUGUAAUUGAGAAAUUUUUUAUGAAUUACAUUAUUUAUCUUUCUUGUUGCAUGUCUUUAAAGUUUAAAUUUUUACUUCAUUUUAGAGAAUGGUUACUAAGCAAAAAGUUGAUUUGUAUUUGUUUAUUGACCUUUACAAAUAUGUGUUGCUUAAGUUGGUCUGAAUCUCAAGAAUUAGUGUUUACUGUUUUGUUGGACUGAACUAAACUUUCUAACACAUAUAUCAUGUGAAGAUAUAUUUUUGUGAUGAGAGUUAAUUCCAACAAAGUUGGAAAUUUUAUGUUUUCUGUUAGUGACUGGAUGUACCACCUUCUAACUGGUUUAUUUUGUAUGUGUAUGUAUAUAAUACAUCACAUUGCUUUUAUUUAAGAUGGUUACUGAUAUUAUAUAGAUGUGCAUAUGGUGUUCUGAUGCCUUCAAAAUAAUCCAAGAUUUUUUCAAUUGGGUGAUAUACCUACCAAUUUCUUCAAUGUAAAAUAUAGUACAUCUGUGUUUCCAAAUCUUCAAUAUUCAAAAAUAAGAAAACAUACAUUUUUUAAAAUUAAUUUUUCCUUUUAGUAAUUUUUCAUUAUAAAAACUAUUUAAUUACAGUUGUUUGUUUUAAAUUUUUACGUUUAUAACUUGUUUUUAAAAGAUUGUCAGGUUGAGCCUUAGAUUUCAUCCAAUUUUUUAAAAGUUUGUUUGCAUCUUUUUUGCAACACGUCUCUUAGCCCCCUUCUUGGGCAUUGAACAUAUAUAAAUCUGGAGUAAUCCAUUAAGUUAUGUGUCUUGUAACAUUGCAGUCAGUCAAUGCCUUUUAUGCCUUUGGCUAUAGGCUCAGCGCCAUAUAUAACCAGGGUUCCCAGAUGGUCACCCAUCCAGGAAUCUGCAGUAUUUUGAAUUGCUUAACUUCUGUUAGAUCACAGAGUGUAGUUAAGCAAUUCGAAUAAUACACCUGGUUCAAGAACCAAUUGGUAGGUUACAAUCGUAAUUAUUUUAAAAAAUGGUAGCAACCAUUACUGAAGACUUGCAGAUCUAUAAUUGCAUUCAGAGAAUGCUAAAUAUGAACAAGUGUGCAGUGUGGCAUGCUUCAAAUUCAAUUAGAGCAGUGUGAAAUCUAGUCGAUCUUUCUGAUUCAGAAUACCACAUAUUGAUGAUGCAAUAUUUUUAGUUUCUUAGCAUUUAGAAAUAUAUAUUGAUAUGAUUUCUUUACAUAUAAAAAACCAAAGACUUCUUUUUAUGUUAUCAAGUUUGCCUUUUUUGUAUUGAACAUGUCGAGGUUAAAAUAAUAUUGCUUGCAAGUCAUUGUGCGUGCCAUAUAUUAUUAUUAUUAUUAUUAUUAUUAUUAUUAUUAUUAUUAUUUAUAUAAUUGGUUGCCUUUACGUGAAUUACUAAACUUAUAAAUUCAUGGACUUUAGAACAUUGAUAUAAUACAAUCCAAAUUGGGAGUAUUGUCUUAUGAAUAAUGUUCUUUCAAAUAGUUUCAUUUGGAACAAAUUCUGAGUUAUAAAAUAUCUUAUUUUCAAAUAAAAUCUAUUGCGUAAUAGUUUGUUUUUACAGUUUGAUGAAACUUAUUUACUUUCUUCUUUUAGUAAUAAAGAGACAAUUUCAUACAAUUAACUUCUCUAAUUUGCAUACACAAAUGGCAUAUGAAAAAAAUGUCAUGUUAAUUUUUCAAAGAAAUACAAAAAGAUAUGAAAAGUCUGCAUGAUAUCAGUUGGUGGAAAAGUGGUAGCAAAUGAAGUAGGUUUAUCAUUUUCUCUAUUUUUAAUGGAAAUUUGGCAUUUUCUGUUUCAUAAACAUUUAUGCUGGGAGUAAUCUUGCAUGAUUUCAAUUUGAAAAAACUGUUUAAUUAAUUAAACUGUAAUUAGUAUUUCACAAAACAAAUGAGAAAAUGUGUAUUUUGGAAUGAGGCACAAAACCUGUAUUACUGGCCAUCAAUGAAAUUUCUAAAAUGUGUGUGUUACUUUGUACCUGUAAAAACAUUGUUGCUCAUUUUAUAGACUGCAAGAAAUAUCAUAUGUGAAUGUUGUAUUGUUAGAAGUUAUUUAUUGCAUCUGAAUGAAGUUUUUUCAGAUAUUUGUUUGAAUUGUAUAUCUCAGACUGAUUGUAUUUUUUACAAAUACUAUUUAAGCAAAUAUAAUUUUUGUUUAAAUAGUAUUUGUUAUGUUUAUGUUGCUUUCAUGAAUAUUUUAAUGAUUUCUAUAUAUACAGAGCAUUUAUUGAAUUUUCCACACACUGAGCAGUUGGUGUCAAUAGCUCAGUUAUUUUGACUUUUGUCUAAUCAUUAAAGUGAUCUUAAAAUUUUACUGAUAGUUUUGUCAAUUACUUACUGUUUUGAGCUUUCAAAUCAACAUUCAGUGAAUGGAUUAUGGUUGCUUUUAAUACUAUGUAAAAUGCUGAGUUAUUUGCAACAGUUCCCAUACAUUUAUUAUACUUUAA